AGUACCCUCAUCAAACCAUCCGAUCGUAUCCAAAAACUCUCAAUCUCUCAUUGCAAUGUCCCUCCUUCGCCCAUCGACCGUGUUUCGAGCUCCUGCACGGCUGAGACCGGCCCUCGCCACCACGGCACCACGAGCAUGCCUCCAGAAGCGCUUCGCCCAGGGCUACGGUGACGGCAAAGGCAAUCCCGUGAGCGAGCACCCGGAGAAGCAAGGGAAGCUGCCGUCUGAGGAGCUUGAGCAUCCUGGGCCUCCGCCUCCGAAGGUGGCGCAGGGGAGGAGCCAGUCGUCGCCAGAUGAGAAUCCCGGGUCGGAGUCACAGUCGCAGUCGCAAUCACAGUCGUCUUCUUCUUCGUCGACGCAGACAAAGCCUGCGUCAUCAACAUCCAAGAGCGGGAAGAGCGAAGCCGCCGAGAAAUGGAAGAGCGAGCAUGGAGGUAAGGAGCCCGGGCCCAAGAUCCUGAAUGAGAAUCCCCCCGGCGAGAAGGAUGCGAGUGUGAGGAAGCAUAACGAGGAGAUGGAUACUAGGGCUGAGAAGGCGCAUGAGCAGGUCAAGAAUGAGGACGCCCAGAGUGAUAAAGUGUCCAAGGACUUUUGGGCUGGGCACGGAGGACGGGAUAGGGAGCCAUGAGGGGAUGGGAAAUAACAGGAGAUGGUCUGCUUGUUUGCAUCUGGUGUAACUGUGUAG